UAGCCUGUAUCCAAGGGGCCAGACAGACAGAGAAGGAGACAGACAGCCUGAAAAUUGAGACCACACAGGCACCACCAUCAUCAUCUCAACACUGAUCUGGAGGAGGGAGCAGCAUUGUGAGGAUCUGAGCUAAUCUCUGGUGAGGAACACAGACACAUUGGAAACAUGACCCUAGCAGCGUACAAAGAGAAGUUGAAAGCUCCCCUGGUGUCUCUGUUCUGCUCCUGCAUCAACCCUCAGACCAUCGACUGUAAGCCCAUAUACAAAGCUGAAGAUGUGGUGGAUCUGGGCUGGUGUGUGAUAAAGGACGUCGAGGUGAUAGAGUUGAACAAGCGUGCGUCGGGCCAGGCCUUCGAGGUCAUCCUGAAGCCCCCGUCGUUCGAUGGCGUCCCAGAGUUCAACGUUACCAUGCCCCAACGCAGGGAACUCUCCAUGGAGGAGAUCCAGAAUAAACUAGAGGCUGCAGAGGAGAGGAGGAAGUGCCAGGAGGCUGAGCUGCUGAAGCACCUGGCAGAGAAGAGAGAGCACGAGAGAGAGGUGAUCCAGAAAGCCUUUGAGGAGAACAACAACUUCAUCAAGAACUCCAAGGAGAAGCUGGAGCAGAAGAUGGAGGCCAACAAGGAGAACAGAGAGGCUCUACUGGCGGCCAUGUUGGAACGGCUGCAGGAGAAGGACAAACAUGCAGAAGAGGUGAGGAAAAAGGUACUAGCCUUGGCAGAUGUGGUGGAUCUGGGCUGGUGUGUGAUAAAGGACGUAGAGGUGAUAGAGUUGAACAAGCGUGCGUCGGGCCAGGCCUUCGAGGUCAUCCUGAAGCCCCCGUCGUUCGAUGGCGUCCCAGAGUUCAACGUUACCAUGCCCCAACGCAGAGAACUCUCCAUGGAGGACAUCCAGAAUAAACUAGAGGCUGCAGAGGAGAGGAGGAAGUGCCAGGAGGCUGAGCUGCUGAAGCACCUGGCAGAGAAGAGAGAGCACGAGAGAGAGGUGAUCCAGAAAGCCUUUGAGGACAACAACAACUUCAUCAAGAACGUCAAGGAGAAGCUGGAGCACAAAAUGGAGGCCAACAAGAAGAACAGAGAGGCUCUGCUGGCGGCCAUGUUGGAACGACUGCAGGAGAAGGAAGAACACGCAUUAGAGGUGAGGAAGAAAAAAGAACUGAAGGAGGAGGCCUGCCGUUAGACGAGCGGAAAGAUAGAGGGAGAGAGAACGGAGGAGUGGUUUUGUGUCAUUAAAAAAAACAAGAGAUCAAGACAAUGAGGGGAAAAAAAGGAAAAACAAAAGCUGCCCCAUCAGAGCGAUGAAGACAGGAGUUGAUGUACAGUACCAGUCAAAAGUUUGGACACAACUACUCAUUCAAGUUUUUUUAACGUUAAAAUAAACAACUAUUUUCUACAUUGUAGA